AUGGACGAAGCUCAGCAACGCCCAGACCUCCCUGCGACUUCACUCGCGUCCUCUUCUGCCGGCCGGGUAUCGGGCAAGGCAUGGAAGCAUCGCAAGUCUGCAACCGUGCGGUCUCAUAUUCCUGACGGCGUAAAGACGAAGAGCUGGGAAGACCGCAUGCAAAAGACCCAAAAGGAGAAGGCCGUUAAGCAACUUCAGGCAGAGCUCAGCGAGGAGAAAAGGGCUGAGAAGGCGCGACGGCGCGAGAUCACGCUCGAACGCAAGAAAGCUGCGGAGGAGCGCCGCAGGCUCGAGGAAGAGAAGGCCAAGAUGGGCGCUCGGAAAGCCGCCCGACUGCGUCGUAAGGCGGGCCGGACCAAGAAGAUCAGUCAUUGA